AUUCCGCAAAUUUAAAGUAUAUAGUAACACCAGCAUGUUACAGUGUCAUUUCCUAGCACCAUGGGUAUCUACUUUUAAUUCAUGCAUCGAUAACGAACUUUCCUCAGACAAAAAUAACACUCCAUUCAUCACAUUUCAAUUAGCUACUGUAGAUAAUAUCUCAGGAUUCCCACGUAAUAGAACUUUGGUUUAUCGAGGAUGGUUGUUUAAUAAUAAAUCUUCUAAUGUCAUUACAUUCGCCACUGACAAAAGAAUGAACAAGUACCAAGAGUUACUAGCUAAUGAUAAAUUUGAAGCCGUGUUCUAUUUCCCUCAUGUGCGGAAACAAUUUCGAUUCCGAGGCAGGGCGAGAUUAAUCAAUGAUGAAUACCAACCGGAAAUUGAUUUGACUGCGGUGCAAAAUGGUAUGCACCUUAUGCUGCAUGAUAAUGAAUCGAUAAUGACUACAAACACUAAUGCAUCCAUAUUUGAGGGGAAAAUUUCUCAAGAUGAUACUACAAACACCACCACAACUACUGCAACCAAUAGUCCAACAUCGCCUAUUGUUUGUGAAUGUAAGAACAACGGAACAUCUACUGAAAUUCAGAAACAGCCAAUUACGUCUGCCUUGUUAUCACCAAGCAUAGCUAAUGACGUAUAUGACGAUAUGUCCCAAAUCAGUUAUAUACAACCAACUAAAGAAGAAUGGAACGAAGAAAUAAAACGACAAUGGUCAAACUUGUCCAAGCAGAUGAAAAAAUCAUAUAGAAAACCAACUCCAAAACAACCAAUUACCGAUGAAAGUGCGAAAUUGAUAAGUUCAAUUCAAAGAGGGGUAGAUGGAAAGAAAGACGACGAAGGAUUAAAGAAUUUUACCGUGGUCGGGUUGUUUAUUGAGUAUGUCGACUUUUAUGAAUUGGACAAGGAUAGAAGGUAUAUUUAUGAAACGGACGAAUACCAAAAUUGGACCGAACAAGAAGUUUGUCCAUAAAGAACAAGACAUUUGAACGAUUUAUACAGGAUGAGAAAAAGAAAAACUACAAAACAAACUUAUGGGGAUUUUAAAAGUAUAUAGCAGCUACCAUAUCAAUAAUCAUAAUCAAAUACACAACGGCGUAAUGUGCAUAUCAGUUAAAUGAAGGAAUUUACCGAGAAACCACUUUUGUCUAGGUCGUAUUUUGAGUCAUAACCUACCAAUGUAGCCAAUUCAGGGGGGUUACAUGUGACGCAUGGUAACCGCAGCCCAGAUGAGAGCAUAAUUUAACGAUAAAGUUUAAAUUGAUUUUUUUAAGUAUGUACUCCGAAGCGGGAAAGUACAUGGUUCAACCGUGGCCAUUCUCAUGGGUUGAUAUAGAUUAACAUUAACUUAUAAUCAAGACUAGGUUAGGUAAUUGCAUAGUACACUCCAGAAAUAUCUCAAUAAAACCUCCUAGUAUUUG